UCCGGGAUACAGACAGCCCCUUUCCGCACAGCCCAGCCAGGCCCCCCACGCCGCCACCAUGCCGUUCAGUAACACCCACAACAAGUUCAAGCUGAACUACAAGCCUGAGGAGGAGUACCCCGACCUCAGCAAGCACAACAACCACAUGGCCAAGGUGCUGACCCCGGAGCUCUACAAGAAGCUGCGGGACAAGGAGACUCCAUCUGGCUUCACCCUGGACGAUGUCAUCCAGACCGGUGUGGACAACCCAGGUCACCCCUUCAUCAUGACUGUGGGCUGUGUGGCCGGUGAUGAGGAGUCCUACCAGGUGUUCAAGGAUCUCUUUGACCCCAUCAUCCAAGACCGGCACGGGGGUUACAAACCCACUGACAAGCACAAGACUGACCUCAACCACGAGAACCUCAAGGGUGGAGACGACCUGGACCCCAACUAUGUACUCAGCAGCCGCGUCCGCACGGGCCGCAGCAUCAAGGGCUACACCCUGCCUCCCCAUUGCUCCCGGGGCGAGCGCCGGGCCGUGGAGAAACUCUCCGUGGAAGCCCUCAACAGCCUGACAGGCGAGUUCAAGGGGAAGUACUAUCCUCUGAAGAGCAUGACGGAGCAGGAGCAGCAGCAACUCAUUGACGAUCACUUCCUGUUCGACAAGCCCGUGUCCCCACUGCUGCUGGCCUCUGGCAUGGCCCGGGACUGGCCCGACGCCCGUGGCAUCUGGCACAAUGACAACAAGAGCUUCCUGGUGUGGGUGAAUGAGGAGGACCACCUCCGAGUCAUUUCCAUGGAGAAGGGGGGCAACAUGAAGGAGGUUUUCCGCCGCUUCUGCGUGGGGCUGCAGAAGAUUGAGGAGAUCUUCAAGAAAGCUGGCCACCCCUUCAUGUGGAACGAGCACUUGGGUUACGUGCUCACCUGCCCGUCCAACCUGGGCACCGGACUGCGUGGAGGCGUGCAUGUCAAGCUGGCGCACCUGAGCAAGCACCCCAAGUUCGAGGAGAUCCUCACCCGUCUGCGCCUGCAGAAGCGCGGCACAGGCGGUGUGGACACAGCUGCUGUGGGCUCAGUGUUCGACAUAUCCAACGCGGAUCGGCUGGGCUCGUCCGAAGUCGAACAGGUGCAGCUGGUGGUGGACGGUGUGAAGCUCAUGGUGGAGAUGGAGAAGAAGCUGGAAAAGGGCCAGUCCAUCGACGACAUGAUCCCCGCCCAGAAAUAGGCGUCGGGCCCGCUCGCCGCCGACUGCUGGAGCCCCAGCCAAAGGGAGGACUCCGCCUGUCGGGGGUCCGCCCCCCACCAGCUCCACUUAGAGGGGUUCGGCCACCUGGGGGCUCUAUCCAACCAUCUCGGAAUUCCAUUCCCAACCGGAGUUCCAACGAACGGGCUUCAGCUUCUGAAGCUAUCUGGCCAAUGAGGAACCUCCUCACACCUUCCCCUCCUUUUCCCAGAGCUCCGCCCACCACCAGGAGCUCUGGCUAACGGAG